AUGGCACUCACUACCCUCAACGCUCAACAAUGGCAGGACAUUAUGUCACCGGUUCUCCAGGUGUGCUUACCUAAGUCAGGUGUUUGCCGCAACUUUCCCCGUUUGGUGGUCUUUGCCCCGGUGGAUUAUCAAGGCCUUGGUGUUCCUCAUCCCUUUGGCAAGCAAGUGUACAAACACUUGGAGAUGAUCCUGCGCCAUAUGUCGGGGGGUACAAAGACUGGAGCCUACAUGGACGCCAAUCUCCAGGCUCACCAACUGGAAACCGGUACCUCCUUUGGUCUUCUACAGCAAGAUUACCAGAAUACAUCCAUUCUUGCUUCUGAUACCUGGCUUAAAAGGGUAUGGAAGGAGCUUGAAUCUCUGGAUAUGACGACCUUCUCUGGCUUAACUGGUGCCGGAUGUUCCUGCAAUGACUCAGACGAUGACUCUUCUGACGACAAUCCCAAUGAAUCCUCUGGCUCUAAAGGCGGCCAAUUCACAGAAGUUUGGUCUAAGAAGGCGGCAACAAAGGUGAAAAAGAAGGCAAAGGAGAAGAAGAAGUUGAUCACUGAUAAUGAGAAUCCGUUCCUUAACGAUCUCUCCCCAGCCCAACGGAAAAUGGCUGAAGUUGCUGACCGUAAGCUGAAGAAUGAUCAGGUGCGUCACAAGCCCGGUCCGCUCUUCUUGAUGGUUCUACCAGGCGAGAUGGAGGGCACCUACAUCCUGGUGUGUCGCGAGAAGUUUAAACAAUUGGCUCGUAACGUCUUGAAGGGCUUGGUCCCUUUUCUGACUCAUCACCUGUAUGAGCCAACUCUGACAAAAACCGAUCAAGCCCUCCGUAAAUGGGUGCCGCAAUCAGAGAUUAGUAUGGCUCAACACGCAGUUGAGGAAGCACUGGAGUUUCUGGAUAAUGUGAUGGAAGACGCAACGGAUGUCUACGAUGGUCAACUUUCGAUUGAUUUAGAUAUGGCUAACAACAAAGACAUUGAUGAUGGGAAGAUCGUGACGGGAAUGAUGGACAAGAUGCAGGAACCGGAGCAACAACUGGAAGAUGCCUUCAAUGAGAUUGAGAUUUGGGACAAUGCACUGGAGGCUCAGGAACGCGCCUUGGCACAACAACGUGCGGACAAUGCGGCACUGCAAGCACAGCUCGCUGCCCUCUAG